AGAGAGAGAAAUUAGGGUUAGAAACACAAACGACUACGAAGAAUAGAAUAAGGGGGGGAUUUGAGUGUAUGCGUGUGUAUAUGUAUAAAUUAAAUGUAGUUGAGUAGUGAAAAUGAAAGCAUUGCCGCGAAAUUCGGGAAAGCAAGAAGAAAAAGCGUUGUUUUUGCUCAAGAAAAAGAAGAAACAACAGCAGAUGAUUCAAUUUCAUAUGGAGAUGCGAGCCCUAAACUCUUCCUCCAUUAGAAAGGGAACCUUCUCCGUACUCUAUCUGUUCCUGCUUUUCAUCCUCGUCCUCUGUGUUCUUUGAACUCUUCUUAUACGCCCCCUUACUCGUUAAUCAUUUGAUUUGAUAUUUGCUUUGCCAGUUGUGACUUGGAGACCUCUUAUUAUUGGAGGAAAUUGAGGUUUUCUGUGAGUUCUUUUGUUGGUUUCACUGUGGGGGUUUGUUACUUUUUCUUCUGACCCUCGUUGAUCAAAAGUUCAUAACCCUUCCUGAGUAUUUUAUUUUUUUGGUUUAACCAAGGGAUUCGAGUUAUCUUCCUUUUUGGUGAUUAAGCUCUGGAUCUCGUGUGUUUGAUGUUCCAAUUGAUUUUGGAAACUUCUAAUCUUGAUGAUUCUGGGAUUGGCUAGCUGGGGUUAUCUUUUGUGGGGUUUUAUAUAUAGAUAUUGAAGAAAGGAAGAAAAAGAAAUACUCGUUUGUUCUUUGUUGUUAUUGUCUUCGUCUUGAAUCUUUCAGGAGUUGUGUAUGUGUCAUUAUAGUAACAGGAUCUGUGUAAAUACAUUCCUUAUUUGAGAUGUUUUCUGAUUUCAAGGAGACCUUUUUGUUCCUUUCUUGAAUCUUUCCAUUUACAAAAGAAAAAAAAAACAUCAAUCUUCAUCUUAUAACUUCAUAGGCUUCUUAAACAGUCUAAAAAGUUAAAAAAAAAAACCCAAGUUGUUUUUUUAGUUUUUGGGUUUUAAGGUUUUCUCUUUGAUAGUUUUAUUGACUUAGGAUAGAAGAAGAAUUGGGAUAUGAUCUUUAUUGGGGGUGGAUUUGAUAUUUGAUGGGAGUACCUGAUAACACACUACUAGAUUUGAUUGAAAAGGUUAGAUCUUGGAUUUAUUGGGGAAGAAGUGAUCUAACUUCUAUGUCUGUUGAAGUCAAAAUGGCUGAUGGUGUUUCUGCUAUGUGUUGCCAAUGCGAAAUGAGUGUCUCCGAGUCUUGCCUCGGUUACCACUGCCGAAGAUGUAGCCGAUUGUUUUGCGAAAGUUGUGUGCAGGGAUAUGGUUCUUUUGUUGUUGUUGAAUCCAAAAGUGGCACACAAGCUGGGCUCAACAUCCGAUCUUGCAAAUUUUGUGCUGAUUUUGAUGUUAAACAAAAAUUUGGGGGAAAGUUUAGUCAUAAGAUACAUCCUUCUGAUUCACCUCGACAAAGCCCGGAACCACCUUCACCAAAUUAUGUCCAUGAAAGAUUUGAUGGUUCCUCUCUUCAAGCAGUAUCCGUUCGCCGCUCCCUGAGCAGUUUUUCUGGUGACUGUAGGAGUGAUGAAGACGAGGCAGAGGAUUCUUCAAAAAACAUCUUCAGCCCGUAUAGUCGUGAUACCUCAGAUGUAGAUUCCAGUAGUGUGAAUACCCGACAUGAAUUUUACAGUUUCAUGUCUGUUGGUUCAAGUCCUUCGGACAGCCCCUCUAGGAGUCACUUUACUUCCAGUAGACGUAGACAUUCUGUACAGCUCGAAGAUCAGGGAACUCCUAGGUCGCUAAAUGAUGGUUGCUUUGACCAAGAACCUGUGGCUGUUUUAAAAAGCCACCAACAUGGGACCGAGGAACCUGAUAAUACCACUAAUGAUGAUUUGUCAAUAUUUAGGGACCAAUACGAGACUUCACACAAGCCAUUAGAUCUUGAAAAGAAUGGUCUUAUUUGGUUUCCUCUGCCACCAGAUGAUGAAGAAACCAGUUUCUUUUCAUAUGCCGAUGAUGACGAUGAUGAUGAAAUGGGAGCAACGAGUGCUGUUUUCUCGUCUAGUGAUCCACUUAUGAGCCUUCUUCCUGAAAAUGGCAAAAACAUGGAACACAAGAAGCCAUUGGAAAAUGUAGUUCAGGGUCAUUUUAGAGCUCUCGUGUCGCAGUUAUUACAAUCGGAGUUCACAGCAGCAGAUGAGUGGCUUGACAUAAUAACAUCGUUAGCAUGGCAAGCAGCAAACUAUGUGAAACCAGAUACCAGCAGAGGCGGCAGCAUGGACCCUGGUGAUUAUGUAAAGAUUAAAUGUAUAGCAUCAGGAAGUCCUAAUGAAAGCACAUUUGUUAAAGGUGUAGUUUGUACAAAAAAUAUAAAGCAUAAACGCAUGACUUCACAGUACAAGAACCCUCGGUUGCUUAUUUUAGGAGGAGCACUCGAGUAUCAGAGGUCUCACAAUCAGCUUGCUUCUAUUGAGGCCCUACUACAGCAGGAAAUGGAUCAUCUGAAGACGAUUGUUUCAAGAAUAGAGGCCCGUCGUCCGAAUGUGUUACUGGUAGAAAAGAGUGUAUCUUCAUAUGCACAAGAGUAUCUUUUGGCCAAGGAGAUCUCAUUGGUUUCGAAUGUCAAACGGUCUUUAUUGGAGCGUAUAGCAAGGUGCACCGGCACUCCGAUAACUCCAUCUGUCGAUAAGAUCUCUACCACAAGACUAGGCCAAUGUGAGCUAUUCCGUUUGGAAAAGUUCUCUGAAGUGCAUGAAGCUGCCAAUCUGUCCACCAAGAAGCCAUCCAAGACCUUGAUGUUUUUCGAUGGUUGCCCCAGGCGGUUGGGUUGCACGGUCUUGCUAAAAGGUUCGUGUCGCGAAGAAUUGAAGAAAGUCAAACAUGUUGUUCAGUAUGCUGUGUUUGCCGCUUAUCAUUUGUCCCUGGAAACUUCUUUCCUGGCCGAUGAGGGUGCUAGUUUACCUAAAACAACGGUAAAGCCCAACAUAGCAGUGCCCGAAAGGUCGAAUGCUGAUAAUGCUAUAUCCGCUAUUUCUAGUUCUACAGUUCUCUCGCCAUCAGAAGUUGCCAACUCCCCGAGAUUCGAGGGACAUGAUUUAGUUGUUGACCAUCAAAACUCCGAUCUGAUGACGGAUGGAGGUGUCCAUACGGUCUCUGAUCCAUUAGAUGGUGGCGGAGCUUUAGAGUGCUCAAGACUUAACGUGGAAGAAAUCAUAUCAAUUGAAUCAACGGAGCUGGAAAAGGUUGAAAGACUUGAAGUGAUCGAUGGUUCAAAUGAAUACUAUUCAGCAACCGAUAACAAUCAGAGCAUAUUAGUAUCAUUUUCUAGCCGCUGUGUAUUGAAUGGUACCGUAUGUGAACGAUCGAGACUCUUGCGUAUAAAAUUCUAUGGCUGCUUCGAUAAGCCACUUGGAAGGUACCUCCAAGAUGAUCUUUUUGAUCAGGGAUGGGUUGUUAUGCAGGCAUCAUUGUGUCGAUCGUGUAACGAAGCAGCUGAAGCCCAUGUCAUAUGCUAUACACACCAGCAGGGAAACCUAACGAUCAAUGUUAGACGACUUCCAUCUCUGAAGCUACCUGGGGAGAAAGACGGAAAGAUAUGGAUGUGGCAUCGGUGUCUCAGAUGUGCCCAUGUAGAUGGGGUGCCACCAGCAACUCACAGAGUGGUCAUGUCUGAGGCUGCCUGGGGGCUUUCUUUUGGGAAGUUUUUGGAACUUAGUUUUUCAAACCAUGCAACGGCUAACCGCAUUGCUGGCUGUGGUCAUUCUCUGCAAAGAGACUGCCUACGUUUCUAUGGUUUGGGCAGUAUGGUUGUAUUUUUCCGCUACUCUCCAAUCGAUAUUCUUUCUGUCCGUUUGCCGCCAUCUGUACUACAGUUUAGUGGCCAUGCUCAACAGGAUUGGUUAAAGAAGGACGUAUCAGAGCUUUUGAGCAAGACAGAAGGCUUGUAUGAUGAGAUAUUAGAUGUAUUACAUCGGACCGAACAGAAGAGCAUCUCUGAUGGUGACGGGAUUUUAGAUUCCGGCGAGUUAAGUAAGCAUGUGAAGGAGUUAAAAGAGAUGCUAAUUAAAGAAAGAAAUGUUUAUACCGAUCUUCUUCAACCUUGCGGCGAAGAGUCUGUUGAGGAUCAUAGGGACGAAAUAGACGUAUUUGAACUUAACCGUUUGAGACAUUCUCUCAUGAUCGGUUUGCAUGUUUGGGAUCGGAGGGUAUCGUCCCUGAAUUCUAUAUAUAAUUCCAAACCAACAUAUGAUGCUGGAUCAAAAGUGGAGGUCAAACACCGGAGAUGUUUUUCGACUUUUGAACAUACUGUUGAUCAUGGUCGUGCAGCCGAUGAUUCAGAACCGAAUCAAAUUGAGGAAACGGAUGGAUCCCCUCGUGAUUUUGAGGAAUCUGAAUCAAUCUCGUCUGAUCAAUUCGAAGAAGGGCACAUUUCUGCCGCAUCGUUUCUAUCCGACAAGAUCGAUUCCGCAUGGGCGGGACCGUUGAGAGUUGCGUCCCAUAAUUCACCGACAGACGGGCACGAAUCGUCUUUGUCGAGACAAAGAAAUCAAUCCCAUAAUCCACAUUUUCGAAGGCUGACUUCCACGCCUGCUAGGGUUUAUUCCUUCGAUUCCGCCAUCACCCUUCAAGAAAGAUUCACGAAAGAACUGCCUUUCUUGACUCUUCGAUCCUUUCAGGAUCCCAAUUGCAACAUACACCGGAGUUACUCUCAAAAUUUUCCCAGUGAAGAUCCGAAGUCGGAAUUCUUAAGGGGGACGAAACCGUUGUUCAUUUCCGCAACAUCUUUUCUCCCUGAAGGUGCUCGAUUGAUGCUUCCUUACGGUGGUCAAAACGCAGUGAUUGCUGUUUAUGACAACGAGCCCACGAGCAUAAUAUCGUACGCCCUUGCUUCUAAGGAGUACGAAGAAUGGUUUGCCGAUAAACCUCAUCUCAAUAGAAAUCAUUCCGUGGCUUCAAAGCUUUCAGCUUGGCAAUCUUUUGGCUCUGUCGAUCUCGAUUACAUGCAAUACGGUAACUAUGGAUCAGAAGAUCCUUCAACAGCAGUAUCAUUGUUUACCGAUGCCAAAAGUUCUCAUCAUUUAACGAUUCCGUUUGAGGACGAAUCGGGACCCGGUGGAAAGGUCAAAUUCUCAGUGACAUGUUAUUUUGCAAAGCAGUUUGAUGCUCUCCGGAAGAAAUGUUGUCCGAGUGAAGUCGAUUACAUGCGGUCUUUGAGCCGAUGCAAGAGAUGGAGCGCGCAAGGAGGGAAAAGCAACGUGUAUUUCGCAAAAUCGUUGGAUGAACGAUUCAUAAUCAAGCAAGUUACGAAAACUGAACUUGAAUCGUUCGAGGAAUUCGCACCGCAAUAUUUCAAGUACUUGACGGAUUCGCUCAACUCAGGAAGCCCAACUUGUCUUGCUAAAAUCGUCGGCAUUUAUCAGGUUACUGUGAAGCAUUUGAAGGGUGGGAAAGAAGCGAAAAUGCAUGUGAUGGUGAUGGAGAAUUUGUUUUACAAGAGAAAUAUAUGUCGGGUUUACGAUUUGAAGGGGUCGGCAAGGUCUCGUUAUAACUCAGAUAUGACAGGAACGAACAAAACACUGCUCGAUAUGAACUUAUUGGAGGCUUUACGAACGAAGCCCAUCUUUCUAGGAAGCAAAGCUAAGCGAAGCCUCGAAAGAGCUGUUUGGAAUGACACAUCUUUCUUAGCGUCAAUUGAUGUGAUGGAUUACUCGUUGCUUGUCGGAGUGGACGAAGAGAGUAAAGAAUUGGUUCUCGGAAUCAUCGAUUUCAUGAGACAAUACACAUGGGACAAACAGCUGGAGACAUGGGUGAAAGCAUCAGGCAUUCUGGGCGGACCCAAGAACGCUUCACCAACCAUCAUCUCUCCAAAACAGUACAAGAGAAGGUUCCGGAAAGCCAUGACCAGUUACUUUCUUACGGUACCAGAUCAAUGGUCAUCGUGAAACGUGGAUUCUCGUGUUUCGUUUUGAAGAGCAUCUUUUGCGUAAUAACGGUCAUUAGACAUCGAUUGGUUGAUUUGGGGUUGUUAAUGGAAAGCCAUCUUUGGGUAGAAUUUACCCUUUGAUUUGUUGUAUUUGUAUACAAAAUGAAAAGUAGCAGCAGCAGGGCAGAGGUUCUUGAUAUUUUUUUUUGUUCAAUGGAAAGAACCUGUACAUGUGAGGCUUCUGUGCCUGGAAAUUUCCUUCCACAUGAAAUAUUGCUGUAAGAUGCUCUCAUAAUUAAAUGCAAAAUUGCUUUGUUCAGCUACAUAAA